CCAACCAAGAAAAAGCGUAGCUUCGAUGGAUGCCGGAAAAUAAAAAGGAGUUCUUGGGACACUCUCCUCUCAAACGAAGCGCCCUCAAGCUCGCUCCUCGGCGCACGCACUCGAUCGCAGCGAGUCGACGGCCGGCAUUCGAUUGCGCCCGCCCUCUAGCUAAUGAAUCUUCCAUCGCAGGAUUCCGCUUUCGCUUCCUAAAUGCUUGUUCUGCGUUUGUGAUUUCGGAGCCUGGCGCUGGUUCGCGGCGGCGGGGUGCUGAGCUACCGUGGGUUCAAGAUGAGAGCUUUUGGAAGGAGAUACUCGCUCUAGGUUCUCCUUGUUUCGGCUGUCAGCUGGUUCGAGAGGUCCGAGGCGGAGAUCGGGGCGGGCGUUGGUGUUUGGUGAAGAAAAGGAGGUGUUUUUGGCGCUGAGCUAGCUGUUGGUGUUAGUUCGGGUCGAGAAGGGAGUUCCUGAGAGUGUGGAACUUCGAUGCUAGAGUUGCAAUCUUGUGAUUCCAGACAAAUAAGAAGAUGAAACUCUCGUCACCAGGUGUUGGAAAUCCGCAGCAAGAAGCCCAAGAUACAGAAGAACAAAUAUGCUUGAAUUCGGAGUUAUGGCAUGCUUGUGCUGGACCACUAGUCUCAUUACCUAUUGUUGGAAGUCGUGUAGUCUAUUUCCCUCAAGGCCAUAGUGAACAGGUAGCUGCAUCGACCAAUAAGGAAAUCAAUUCCCUUCCUAGCUACCCGAGCUUACCCCCUCAGUUGGUUUGCCAGCUUCAUAAUGUUACUAUGCACGCAGACAAAGAGACAGAUGAAGUUUAUGCCCAGAUGACUUUGCAACCAUUAAGUCCACAAGAACAAAAAGAUCCCUAUCUACCUACUGAAUUGGGUACACCGAGCAAACAGCCAACUAAUUACUUCUGCAAGACACUAACUGCAAGUGACACCAGUACACAUGGUGGAUUCUCUGUUCCUCGUCGAGCAGCAGAAAAAGUGUUUCCUCCAUUGGAUUUUACACAGCAGCCUCCUUGUCAAGAGUUGAUUGCGAGGGACCUCCAUGGUAACGAGUGGAAGUUCCGCCACAUAUUUCGAGGUCAGCCAAAGAGGCAUCUUCUCACAACAGGAUGGAGUGUUUUUGUGAGCGCAAAGAGACUUGUUGCGGGGGAUUCUGUUCUUUUCAUAUGGAAUGAUAACAAUCAGUUACUUCUGGGAAUUAGGCGUGCUACUAGGCCACAAACAGUUAUGCCUUCAUCUGUUUUGUCUAGUGAUAGCAUGCACAUAGGACUUCUUGCUGCAGCUGCUCAUGCUGCUGCCACAAACAGUCGAUUUACUAUAUUCUAUAAUCCAAGGGCAAGCCCUUCUGAAUUUGUUAUCCCACUUGCUAAGUAUGUGAAAGCUGUCUAUCACACCCGCAUUUCUGUGGGUAUGCGUUUCAGGAUGCUUUUUGAGACAGAAGAGUCAAGUGUUCGAAGAUAUAUGGGUACGAUUACUGGAAUUAGUGAUCUUGAUCCUGUCCAUUGGCCAAAUUCACAUUGGCGCUCCGUUAAGGUUGGCUGGGAUGAGUCAACUGCUGGACAGAGGCAGCCGAGGGUGUCGCUCUGGGAAAUUGAGCCUCUCACAACUUUUCCGAUGUAUCCACCCCCGUUUCCCUUUAGGCUUAAGCGUCCAUGGCCUAUUGGAUUGCCCUCCCUUCUCGGUGGAAAGGAGGAUGAUAUCGGUCUGAAUUCAUCUUUAAUGUGGCUCCGAAAUGCAGGAAAUCCUGCAUUUCAAUCACUGAAUUUUCAGGGCAUGGGUGUUACGCCGUGGAUGCAAAUUCCACCACGGUUUGAUACCCAAAUGCUCGGUCUGCAAACCGACAUGUACCAGACAGCGGCUGUGGCAGCAAUUCAGGAAACAAGGAAUGCGGACACUACGAAGCACGUACCUCAGAUGCUGCAAUUCCAGCAAACUCCAAACACUACUAGCAGAUCAUCCCCGUUACUACCCACUCAAGUUCUGCAGAAUGGACAACCGCAACUUCCUCAAACCUUCCAUCAAAAUAUACCAAUAAACCAGGUGCAAGGCCAGCCUCAAUCUGAAUAUCUUCAGUGUCAGCUUCCACAAGUAUACUCACUUAGCGAGCAGCAGCAGCAACAACAAAUUUUGCAGCAACAAAUACCAGAGCAGCAGCAAAUUCUGCAUCAUCAGCAUAUGCAACAGAAGAAAUUGUUAUUGAAUAAUGAACAAAUUUCUGAUGGAGUACCUUCCUUGCCUCAACUUAUGGCUGAAUCACCGUCUCCAUCUACUGCAAUGCAAAGUGUUUCUCCAUUUUCCCGGCCGCAGAAUUUUUCCGAGAGUAGUAACUGUGACCCAACUUCUACCGCCUCUCCAUUGCACAAUCUUUUGCAACAGUUUUCUCCAGAGGCAGCAUCAAAUCUGCUUGCGUGGGUGAGAAGCAACCCGGCAAUAAGUUCUAGACCUGAUCAAUUGUCAUCAAAGAGAUUAGCAGUUGAAUCAAUGCUCCCCCCUGCUGGAGAUCAGUCUGUCAUGCCUCAGCUAGGACAAUUAGGCGUGACACAAACUAGCAUUUCUCAGCAUUAUGUGGCAUUGCCGCCGUUUCCUGGAAGAGAGCGCAUGGUGGAUCAAGAUGGUAACAUUGAUUCCCAGAGCCAUCACUUGUUUAGUGUUAACUUCGACUCCUCUUCACUUCUGGUCCAGAAUGGUAUGACAAACCCAAGUAAUGCUAGCACUGAGACUGACUCAUUGAACAUGCAUUAUGCUGGUAGUAAUUUUGUGGGUUCCUUAGGAAAUGAUUUUUCAUCGAAUCAAGCAUUGACUGGUGUGUAUGAUUUUGAGGAACCUGGAUAUUUACCUACUCGUGAAAAUGCAGAAUCUCUCAAUGAAAAAGGUCGAACCUUUGUAAAGAUUUAUAAAUCAGGAUCCUACGGAAGGUCACUCGACAUAACCAGAUUCAGCAGCUACAAUGAGCUCCGUAGUGAGCUGGGGCGUUUAUUUGGCCUUGAAGGCCAGUUGGAAGACCCUUUGAGAUCAGGCUGGCAGCUUGUAUUCGUCGACAGGGAGGAUGACACUCUUCUUGUCGGUGAUGAUCCUUGGCAGGAGUUUGUGAACAACGUAUGGUGCAUACAGAUACUUUCGCCUCAGGAAAUGCAGCAGAUGGGAAAACAAAGCACCGAUUCAUCCAACUCUGCCCUGACCAAAAGGCUCCCAACCAGUAGCUGCGACGAUUACAUUAGCCGCCAGGACUCAAGGAACCUGAGCACCACCAGGAUAACAUCUGUCGGGUCACUCGAAUACUGAAAAACAAAAUCAUAUCUUUUGUGCAUUAUCUUUGUGCCUUAGGCCCUCAACUAAAGUAGCGAGUAAUAAUUUUUCUCAAUUUUACGCAUGUCUAAUAAUUGUAUCAUAUGAUAUCGUCCCAUAAUAUUGGCAUAUAAUUUCCCACUACUAAGUUUUGCUUAAAUCUUCUCCACAAAAUACAUGAUCUUUGCACUAAUUGUCUCCUUGUUUCUGAGUAUCUUCAGCUCCCAUUGCUUUCCACUCAGGUUCUGCUCCAUUUUGUUCUUUCAACUUGGACAUUUUUGUGUCUGCCCUCUGCCUCUGCCUCAUCUUUAGACACUGACAUGAAGAUCUGGACCACAAAGUUUUUAUCAGUCCAUGUGAUUUGCACUCAUUGAAUAAUAGAAAAAGAACCUCUCACUGUCACCCAUGCAUGUUAUAGCAUGACUGAUCCCACACAAACUCCUGUCCUUCUCAUGAGUGGCAUUGGAGCCCCACCAUCGUUUGCACUGUGGUCGACUGUUAUCAUCACACAGAGGGGUGAGCAUGUGGCCUCCAUAAAGACCUCUCCCCUUCACUUUCAUACAUGUCUAUCAGCAUCUUUUUCCUCCAUGGCAUCUUCUUCUUUCUCCUGUCAUGAUGAUUUCAUGGCCCCUUCAAAUCUUCAGCCGGCCCCAUCCAUUUCGACUGCUUCAUGUUCUGCUGCUGCUGCAGCACAGUGACAUCUGAGGAGGCUUACUCUGGGCAUUCUUCUUCUCGAGCAGCAGCUGGUGGUGGCCAAGCAUGGAGGUUUCUUCUAAAUCUUCUCCUGAAAAUAUUUUCUUUUCCAGCUCACAAAUGCCUUGAAACUAGACUAGUGUUCUUGAGUAAACAAAGUAGAGGUGCACUGACAGCAGAAAAUGAUGGAUGGAACAGUUGAAAGUGACACUUAGAUGAAUUAUAAACUUGUAUUAUAGCUAAGGCCGGGUGGUCUAAACGGAUGCUAUAUGAUACACAUGGGUACUAUGAUUAUUCUUCAAUUUAUUAUUA